AUGUGAUCCCACCGGGACGAUGCUGCCGCUGCUGCCGCUGCUGCUGUUGGGCUCCGGGGGGCUGAGCCUGCCCCUGGACGACACCGAGGUGGUGACCCCGCUCCGCUUGGACCCGGACAUCAACGGCAGAUCCUAUUUCAGGCGGGGGCCGGCAGAGCCGCCCCGGGGGGGGCAGGCGGUGGUUUUCCAGCUCUCGGCUUUCGGGGAGGAUUUUUACCUCCACCUCACCCCCGAUGCCCACUUCAUCGCGCCCGCCUUCGCCGCGCAUUACCUGGGGGCCGCCGCCCGGCCCGGCCCUGCGCUCCGGCACUGCUUCUAUUCAGGGGAUGUCAACGCAGACCGGGAGUCCUUCGCCGCCCUCAGCCUCUGCGGGGGGCUCCGAGGGGCUUUCGGCUAUCGAGGAGCCGAGUACAUCAUCACCCCGCUGGCUGCGGGUGCGGCGGGUGGGGAGCAUCGCCUGCAGCGCCGCAGCCCCGGCCGCCCCGUCGGGGCCGGAGCAUCCCGAUGCGCAGUGGGCUCCGGGCUCACCCCCGGCGUGCUGCAAGCGCUGGAUAAGUACCGGGGACGGGGAGGGGGGAAAGGGGGUCGGGCCAAGCGCUUUGCCUCGGUGCCCCGGUACGUGGAGACGUUGGUGGUGGCUGAUGAGUCGAUGGUGAAGUUCCAUGGGGAUGAUCUCCAGCACUACCUGCUCACGCUCAUGGCCACGGCCGCCCGCCUCUACAAGCACCCCAGCAUCCGGAACCCCAUCCAGAUCUCCGUGGUCAAGUUCCUCCUCAUCGGGCAGGAUGACAAAGGGCCCAAAGUGACCGGGAAUGCCGCCCUCACCCUCCGCAACUUCUGUGCCUGGCAGAAGAAGUGGAACAAGGGCAGCGACAAGCACCCCGAGUACUGGGACACUGCCAUCCUCUUCACCAAGCAGGACCUGUGCGGUGCCACCACAUGCGACACGCUGGGGAUGGCGGAUGUGGGGACCAUGUGUGAUCCCAAGCGGAGCUGCUCCGUCAUCGAGGACGAUGGGCUGCCCUCGGCUUUCACCACUGCCCAUGAGCUGGGCCAUGUCUUCAACAUGCCCCAUGACAACGUGAAGGCCUGUGAGGAGGUCUUUGGCCGGCUGAAGACCAACCACAUGAUGUCCCCUACCCUCAUCCAGAUCGACCGUGCCAACCCCUGGUCAGCCUGCAGUGCUGCCAUCAUCACCGACUUCCUCGACAGUGGCCAUGGAGACUGCUUGCUGGACCAGCCGGCCAAGCCCAUCCCGCUGCCCGAAGACCUGCCUGGGUCGAGCUACAGCCUGAACCAGCAGUGCGAGCUGGCCUUCGGGGUGGGCUCCAAGCCCUGCCCUUACAUGCAGUACUGCGCCAAGCUGUGGUGCACGGGCAAGGCACGGGGCCAGAUCGUCUGCCAGACCCGGCACUUCCCUUGGGCCGAUGGCACGAGCUGCGGUGAGGGGCGCUUCUGCCUCAAGGGCUCCUGCGUUGAGAGGCACAACAUCAGUAAGUACAGGGUGGAUGGUGGCUGGGCCAAGUGGGCGCCCUAUGGGCAGUGCUCGAGGACGUGCGGUGGAGGGGUGCAGCUGGCCAAGCGGGAGUGCACCCACCCCGUGCCUGCCAAUGGGGGCUCCUACUGCGAGGGCAUCCGCGUCAAGUACCGCUCCUGCAACCUGGAGCCCUGCUCUGCUGCAGUGCCGGGAAAGAGCUUCCGUGAGGAGCAGUGUGAGGCCUUCAACGGAUACAGCCACAGCACCAACCGCCUCACCGCAUCCGUCUCCUGGGUCCCCAAAUACUCCGGUGUCUCCCCCCGGGAUAAAUGCAAACUCAUCUGCCGAGCCAAUGGCACCGGUUACUUCUACGUGCUGGCACCCAAGGUUGUGGACGGGACCCCUUGCUCCCCAGACUCCACCUCGGUCUGCGUGCAGGGCAAGUGCAUCAAAGCGGGUUGUGAUGGGAAGCUGGGCUCCAAGAAGAAGUUUGACAAGUGCAGUGUCUGUGGAGGGGACAACAAGAGCUGCAAGAAGGUCUCGGGCUUGUUCACCAAACCCAUGCACGGCUACAACUUCGUGGUGGUCAUCCCCGCGGGGGCCUCCAACAUCGACAUCAGGCAGCGGGGCUACAAGGGGCUCAUCAGUGAUGACAAUUACCUGGCGCUGAAGAACGGGCAGGGCAAGUACCUGCUCAACGGGCACUUCAUCGUGUCCGCAGUGGAGAGGGACCUCAUGGUGAAGGGCAGCGUCCUGCGGUACAGCGGCACCGGCACCGCUGUGGAGAGCCUCCAGGCCUUCAAACCCAUCCAGGAGCCCCUGACCCUGGAGGUGCUGUCCGUGGGGAAGAUGACCCCUCCGCGGGUGCGCUACUCCUUCUACCUCCCCAAGGAGAGCAAAGAGGACAAAGGCUCCUAUAGGAAAGAGGGCAGGACCCCGCCGGACCUCAACAACAGCGUCCUCAGCCUGUCCAACCGCUUGGAUGGUGGGAGGCCGAGCUACAAACGUCCCUCCUACAAGUGGGCGGCGGGCGGAUGGGAAGCGUGCUCCGUGACCUGCGGGGAUGGGAUGCAGAAGCGCUCCGUGGCUUGCCAGGACUCCUAUGGGCAACCCGCGGCCGAGUGCGAUGCUGCGCAGCGCCCGGCUGAGGUCCGGCUCUGCGGGGAGCCCUGCCCCAUGUGGGAUGCUGGACCUUGGUCCCCCUGCUCCAAAAGCUGCGGUCGCGGGUUCAAGAGGCGGGCGCUGAAGUGCUCGGUCCCAACCGGGCGCCUGCUCCCACGGGAGAGCUGCAAUUCCCGUCGGAAGCCGCAGGAGCUGGAUUUCUGCACCUUGAGGUUGUGCUGAGCUGGUUCGCAGGGGUGCUGCGUGAGGAAGGGCAUGGUGCUCCUCCGGCUGGGGAUGGGGGAGGCGUCCAUAGCACAUAGAAAACAAGGGGGGGGGAAAGGAAGGGAUAAACCCAAAGGGACCGAGCACACUCACCCCAUGGGCCUGAGAGGUCGCUUGGAGACAGAGGGGGACCAAACAUCUACCUCGAAGCUGCUGAAUGACGUGGAAACCCAUCGGCAGAGGCUGGGAUCGAUGGGAGCGAGGAGGAGCACUGCCUGCGAUGGAUCUGAGUACAGGGAGAUGCCCCUAUAUUGCACAGCCAAAGCCUCCCCUGUCUUCCCAAGGGCCCAGCCUACCUCCCCUCCCUCCUUGGGCUCCCCCCCAACACUCGUGCUCAAUGGGACCAAAAAGGAUUUAUCAAUGCAAUGAUGGCAAAUGACAUUGCCCAACCACCGAGGUGCUGGGACUGAUGCUUCCACUGGUGAGGACUCACAGCCUAGGGUGGUCCUUUGAGCCCCAGCAGCAUCCCUGGGCCAGGCUGGAAGGUGGUGGCUUCAUUGUGGUUUUCUCCUCCUGUUUAUGACCUGACCAGUGUAGAUUUUAUGGUGCUUAACUCUGUAUUGUUUUAACCUCCUUCCUUCCCCCUCCAUCCCAAUGGAUGUAAACCUGGUGGAGCGGGGAUGGCGGUAUUCCCAGUGGGCUCUCACACCUGGAUGAGGGUUCCCUAUGGUGCUUUGGGAUGGGGCUGUGUGAGCAUCCUGUGCGUCGCUGGAUGCUCCUUCACACCCUGAUCCAGGGCAGGUUCUAAACCACCCGCCUGAAGCUUUUCAGGGCUAAAAGGGAUCACUCCGGAGCUGAGGUUGGAGCUGGCAUCCCAAACCAAGCAACUGUACUGUAGUGUAUGGGGCCAGACACAGCCCCACCAGUCACUGGUACUUGACUCCGCUCUGGAAAUGGUGCUCACUGCUUAAUGGGACCAGUUUGCUGCGCACAGAGAGCCCACUGCCCUCCAGUGGGAAAGGGGCUCAGUGGGGUAUGGACAUGCAGAGGAAGAGGUAGCUUGGAGCCUCUCCCUACAACCAGUUUCCCCCUCCAGGAUUUGGUGCAGGGUUUGUUCUGUACCUCAGAUCAUGCCCAUUGCGGCUGCAGGGGACCAUUUACACAUCACUUGGGUCUUCCACUCAGAUCAUAGCAGGGACCACUUCACUUGUUGCUUUCUCACUGGUGAAGGUGCCUCUAAACCCAUUUGCUGUGACUGGGGGCAAGCCAGAGCCUCUGUAUUGAGUGAUGCAGGUACUGGGAGCAGCAGGAAGGAGCUAUGGGGGGGACAGAGAGAUGAUGGGGAGGCAGAAGAUGCUGUCCCAGCAGCCAGAGGCUUGCUCAGUCCCAUGCAGGUGUAGCAUGGAAAUUCCUUGUGCCCCUUCUGCCCCAAUACUAUGGGCAAAGGGAGGAAGAUCACAAGGAACAGGAUGGAGAGAGUACAAGGAUUCCCUUGCUACACUUUUCCAUCAGCUUACAAACUCCUCAUGACAACGUUUGGGGACCCAUCCUCAUGGAUUGACAUAGUGCCUUUCGAACACAGGAAUGUUCUGGGUCUCCACACUGCUUGAUAGAGUCAUGGAAUGGGUUGGGUUGGAAAGGACCUUAAGAUCAUCCAGUUCCAACCCCCUGCUAUGGGCAGGGACACCUCACACCAGACCACAUGAGGAGCAGAUGCUGUGGCUGCUCUGGGAACGGGAUUCAAUGCCGUAACAAAUCCCUUCCAGGUCUCCAUUCCCAUCAUCAGACCCCUUCCAAAGGGUUUUCCUGCAUAGCCAAGCUUCCAUUUGGGGACAGAGCUCUGAGGAGCUGCCCUGUUGUCUUUUGCCACCCCCAAGAGAUGGUUUCCAAGCCACUGAGAACCCAUCAGCCUUGUCUAUGGGGCGGGGAAGGACUCUUUGUGUGCGGUUCUUUUGCCAAGUGUGCAGCAAAAGGAUGGAGAUGCCACUCGGACUGGCUGCUCUGUGUAUACCAUGUAUACUGAUAGCAAACCUGAAAUAAACUGUAUUUAAAGCCA